CGCCGGCAUUGGCGUUAUCCAAGGGGAAGAGAACCGUUCUACAGAAAUCGUUUCUACUAAGCAAAAGUUCUACAGGUUCUUUUCUACAGAGUUCAGUCCUACAGAGUCAUUUCUACAGAAUUCGGUCCUACAGAGUCGUUUCUUCAGAGUUCAGUCCCACAGAGUCGUUUCUACAAAAUCGACGCGAGAAUGUUCGUUUCUACAGACGAACUUUGGUGCGAUAAAAAUGUGCGACAAUCACAGAUAUCGCGGGAAAGGCAAUAUAUUCGAAGUAACGAAUUCAGAAAAGUCUGAAUUCGUUGAUUCGAAGUAACCAACGACAGCACGUGCUAUGACUGAGCAUACGGUUAUAAGAUGUAGUUUCUGCAUGGACGAAGUCGACGAACCAGACAUCCCAGAUCACCUGUGUAUACAAGGCUACAAACAUAUUGUCAUAAACGAUAGCGGAUUAUUCUUUCCUUGUACGGAUAGACAUAUAGACACAUAGAUGACUGUUCUUCACGGGCUGAAGUAUCAGUCGGCCCUGAAAUCGACAUCGAAGAGAUGUUGAUAUCAGAGGUACGGAACCGCCCAAUAUUAUGGGAUCACAGGUUAUCGAUCAUUUCAUGGGGAAAAACGGCUACAGCAACUCAAUGGGCAGAGGUUUCUAGGGCAUUGAAUGGUCAAGUAAUGGCUGUUGAUGCAGCAAAAAAGUGGCAGCUGUAUGCAGUUGACUGCGUGGAGCUUUUACGUCGCUGAAUCAAUGGUUAGCAACAUAGUUUGGGAAACAUGCCAAGUGAUUUGGGAUACAUUAUCACCAAUCUAUGUCAAAUCGCCAGACUCACAAGAAGACUGACGAAUGAUCGCUGAUGAAUUCUACCGGCGAUGGAAUUUUUCAAAUUGCUUCUAGGUGCAAUGGAUGGAAAACAUAUUACCAUACAAGCACCUAACAAAUCUGGGUCACAGUAUUUCAACUAUAAGAAAAGUUUUAGUAUCAUCCUACUUGCGGGUCGUGAUGCAAAUUAUAUGUUUACAAUGGUUGAUGUAGGUGCCGUUGGUUCGCAAAGUGAUGGUGGCGUCCCCAAAGAGUCAGUAUAUGGUAAAGCUCUGGAUCAAAAUAUUUCGGAUGUACCAGAAUCGACGUCUUUACCAGGGACAAAUACAAGAUCUCCAUACUUUUUUGUUGCUGAUAAGGCCUUUCCGUUGAAGAACUAUAUCAUGCAACCCUAUCCAGUUUUGGUAUAUUAUCUAGCCGAUGGAGAAUACUUCGCUCAAAUAUUAUUGCCGAGGUUGAAACUGUUGAAAGAAUUGUUGUGCAACAAUUGCCUUGCACAAUUAUAUUAAAAAGACUGAGAAUAAUAAGCUCGAACUGGCUCAAUACUAUUGUCCGAGUGACUACGUCGAUACGUAUGAUUCUGAUGGAAAUGCUAUCCCAGGAGAAUUGCUGAACACUUACCCUGCUCAUAGUUCCAACAAUAUAGGUCGAAUGGGGUCGAAUCAUCCUGGUCGCUCUGCAACUAACCAGAGAGAUAUUUUGUGCAAUUAUUUAUCCUCGCCAGAAGGUGAAGUUCCAUGGCAAUAAGACGAUAUUGAUAAAGGGAUGGUAAUCUGAAUCACGACGCUGAAGUGGUAUACGUUGCGAUAUUUUGGCAAUUGAAAACUUUUUUAAUCACCCAAAUGCUGAUUUAUUAUAACUCAAUCAUAUCUUUAUUGUACGUAUCUUACAAAGGUAGAAAAUUAACGUAAUAAAAACUGUUAACAAAAAAUAGUGCAGUGUUAUACUCUCUUUUUGCAUUUGCAAUUGUUCUUUAAUAGGCUCAUCGAUUCUUAGGUAAAUAUUUGUAGAUAAUAGCAUUUUUUUUCUGCAAUGAUAUUAAUUUCUUUCGUCGCUGUCCUCAGACUCGUUUUCGAAUAGUAUCUGGGUAAUUUGCAUUUGCGUAUGCUUAUUUAUUUUUUUUUUUUACUUUGUUUCCAGUGCUCCAUAUAUCAUUGUACGUACAGAAAUUUCAAUUGAGAUCAUGGCUUUUGUCUA